CAGGGCUGCCUGUUGCUUUAUGGGAGGCUUUUUCCAGAUGUUUGACAGCUGUUUUUCCGAGAGUCGGCGAUCCCUACAGUGAUGUCAAGUUCAUACACGUAACAGGAGAAGCAGUGACAUGGCUGCGGAUGACAAGUCCUCGUCCUCGUCUUCGACGGAGUGGAGCGUGGAGCCGCCUGUCAGCUCACCCACCAGCCCCUCCCACCUGACCCACUUCAAGCCGCUGUCUCCGGAGCAGGAUGAGCCUCCGCUGCGCUCUGCCUACAGCUCGUUCGUCAACCUGUUUCGCUUCAACAACAAAGAGGAGGGCCGUCCUUCAUCUGCAGUUCCAGAGAAAUCAGAAGCUCCACCUUCCUCCCGCCAGCCAGAGAGGCGGAGCUUGUCCUCCAGUCCCUCCCACUCCAUUUAUGGCUCCAGGACGCACCGGAAGCAGCAUCCUGACCACCUACGACGCACCUCCACUGCCUCUGUGGAUUGGCCAGAUGGCAACAGGAAAUCAGAUGUUCCUCUGAGCAAUCAUGACCCUCGCACUGCUGUGCAGCUUCGCACUGCACUGAAGAGGCUGAAGGAAAUCAUGGAGGGAAAAAGCCAGCCACAGUUCUCCGACCGCAGGUCCACCUGCACACAGGACAGCGAUCUGAAGCAGUACUGGAUGCCUGACAGCCAGUGUAAGGAGUGCUACGACUGCAACGAGAAGUUCACCACCUUCCGCCGUCGACACCACUGCAGACUGUGCGGCCAGAUCUUCUGCAGCCGCUGCUGCAACCAGGAGAUCCCCGGGAAGUUCAUGGGCUACACGGGAGAUCUGAGGGCUUGCACAUACUGCCGCAAACUGGCGCUAAGCUACGCUCACUCGGCAGACUCGGGCUCCAUCGGCGAGGACCUGAGCGCCUUGUCGGACUCCCCCUGCUCUGUGUGUGUGUUGGAGCCCAGCGAGCCACGAACACCGGUGGGAGGCCGCAAGGCCAGCAGGAACAUCUUCCUGGAGGAAGACCUGACCUGGCAGAGAAAAACUCCUAUUGGGAUGAGAAAGAACAUGAUUCACCAGGAGCCUCAGAGCAGCGGCCUCGCGUCAAGACUCACAGCGCUGCAAGAAGACGUGGGGAAGUCACCGGCAAGGAAGAGGUCUGCCAGCGUGACCAACCUGUCUCUGGACCGAUCCGGAUCCUCCCUGGUUCCUUCCUACGACAGCUCAGUCAGCCCUCCGACCAGCCGAGCCAUGUCCGGGACCAAGAGCGGCACCAAGGUGGAUCAUAGUGAGGAGGAAAGGAAGAUCCUGCUGGAUUCGUCUCAGCUGAAGGACCUGUGGAAAAAAAUCUGCCACAACAACACAGGGAUGGAGUUCCAGGACCACAGAUACUGGCUGAGGACGUACCCCAACUGCAUUGUGGGAAAGGAGCUCGUCAACUGGCUGUUGAGAAAUGGCACCAUCUCCACCAGGGCCCAGGCGAUUGCAAUAGGUCAGGCAUUAGUGGACGGUCGCUGGCUGGACUGUGUCACGCACCACGAUCAGCUGUUCAGGGACGAGUACGCUCUCUACCGCCCCCUCCAGAGUACAGAGUUCUCAGAAACGCCGUCUCCAGACAGCGACAGCGUCAACUCCAUCGAGGGACAUUCAGAACCGUCCUGGUUCAAGGACAUCAAGUUUGAUGACAGCGACACGGAGCAGCUUGCAGAUGAGAACGAGUACACCAUGCCCAACUCUGCCAGCCCCAGCAAGAGGACGUCGGUCAGCAGCUUCCAGUCAGCAGUGGACAGCGACUCUGCGGCCUCCAUCAACCUCAACAUGGAGCAGAACAAUGUGAAUUUCCACAUCAAGAAGCAGUCCAAAUAUCCACACGUGCCACCUGCUGCUGAGCAGAAAGCAGAAAUUCUCGUCUCUGAGGAUGGAGGACAGAACAUCGUCAUCAGUGACGCCUUCAUCAAAGAGUCUCUGUUCAACCGGCGUGUGGAGGAAAAGGCCAAAGAGAUGCUGUUCACGCCGCUGGGCUGGCACCACAGCUCUCUGGAUCAGCUCCGAGAGGAAAACGGCGAGAAGAAGGCCAUGGAGAGGCUGCUCUCGGCCAACCACAGCCACAUGAUGGCGCUGCUGCAGCAGCUGCUCUACAGCGAGUCUUUGUCUCUGUCCUGGAGGGACGUCAUUGUCCCCGUGGUCCGCCAGGUCGUCCAGACAGUUCGGCCCGACGUUCGCAACUGCGACGAUGAUAUGGACAUCCGCCAGCUGGUCCACAUUAAAAAGAUUCCAGGAGGCAGAAAGUUUGACUCCAUGAUGGUGAACGGCUUCGUGUGCACCAAGAACAUCGCUCAUAAGAAGAUGAACUCCUACAUCAAGAACCCAAAGAUCCUGCUGCUGAAGUGCUCCAUAGAGUACCUCUACAGGGAGGAGACCAAGUUCACCUGCAUCGAGCCCAUCGUGCUUCAGGAACGAGAGUUCCUGAAGAACUACGUGCAGCGCAUCGUGGACGUCCGACCAAACCUGGUGUUGGUGGAGAAGACGGUGUCCCGGAUCGCUCAGGACAUGCUGCUGGAGCACGGCAUCACGCUGGUCAUCAACGUUAAAGCGCAAGUCUUGGACCGAGUGAGUCGCAUGACUCAGGGGGACCUGGUGAUGUCCAUGGACCAGCUCCUCACCAAACCUCGUCUGGGAACCUGCCACAAGUUCUACAUGCAGCCCUUCAUGCUGGCGAACAAUGAGGUGAAGACUCUGAUGUUCUUUGAUGGCUGCCCUCCUCACCUGGGAUGCUCCAUCCAGCUGCGCGGGGCGUUGGAGUACGAGUUGGCCCGGGUGAAGGACAUCAUCAUGCUGAUGGUGUGUGUGGCCUACCACUCGCAGCUGGAGAUCUCUUUCCUCAUGGACGAGUUUGCCAUGCCGCCCAGCCUACCUCAGAGCAGCUCCUUCCCGUGCCUGCUGGAGGGCGGUGCUGCCGAGGAGAUGGACGCAUACGGCCAGGAGAAAACCACUGAAAGCGACGACUCCACGUUACAAGAAGAUCCCCAAGACCAAGCACCCCCAUCACAAUCCAAAAAUGGAGAUGUAGAUGUUCUUCAAGGGAAACUGGUCACACAGUCACCUGCCUCCUCUGUCCAGGAGGAGGAAGCUGCUAACACGGAGACACGGACCUCCUCCCCGUUUUCCAGCCCCCCUGCUCCACCUCUCUCCCUCUCUCCUCCGUUCCUCAUAGAGGAGGACCAGGAGCUGGGCUCAGACACUCUGAUUGGGACCUCUGAGGGGGAGACGGGAGAGGCGUCUGGGUUGGAGGACGGGGAGCAUUCGGAGACACCCACCCCCAAGUUGUUCCGAGACCCGCUGCAGGACGACACUGGAAUGUUUGUGGCUGAACAGGUGGCUUCAUCCGACGACCGCCUGAAGUCCAUCUGUGCCGUGUUCAAGCAGGAGCUGAAGGACAUCAUCCUGUGCAUCUCCCCCUUCAUUACCUUCAAAGAGCCGUUCCUCCUCACUCCUGCAGGCAUGCACUGCCCCAGCAGGGAUUACUUCCCCGAGCAGGUUUAUCUAUCUCCACUCCUCAACAAGGACUUGAAGGAGCUAGACGGGCGCAGAAAACGGCAGCUGCUCAAAGACUCGGCCCCCUCGUCUCAGGCGAACGGACAGGCGAAUGGCGCCGCUCAGCCGAGGCCCAUCAACGUCUUGCCCUGCCACUGCCUCACCAGGACCCGCAUCGUGGAGCAGCUCAACGGCAGCCAGGCACUGGCCAGGAUGCUGGCGGACUACAGAGCGAGCGGGGGCCGGAUCCGGCAGAAGGAAACCGGAGACCCCUUCGGCUCUGCGGGACCUGGUCCAGCCUGUGGUGGACCGAGCCAAGCGGCAGAGGCCCCGGUCAGACUGCCGGUGAAGGCCGACAGCGAGGAGGAAAAGAUGAGCAAACAGAGCGACAUCAGCUGGGCCCCAAAGCUGGACUGUCUCUACCCAGGAAACCACCAGAGGCUGUGUGUGCUCUUCAGCAGCUCGUCUGUUCAGUCCAACAACGCGCCCAACCCCUGCGUCAGCCCGUGGAUCGUCACCAUGGAGUUUUACGGGAAGAACGACCUUUCUCUGGGAGUGUUCCUUGAGCGCUACUGUUUCAGGCCGUCGUAUCAGUGCCCCAGCAUGUUCUGUGAGACUCCCAUGGUGCACCACAUCCGCCGCUUCGUGCACGGCAGCGGCUGCGUGCAGAUCGUGCUGAAGGAGCUGGACUCCCCCGUUCCCGGGUAUCAGCACACCAUCCUCAACUACUCCUGGUGCCGCAUCUGUAAACAGGUGACCCCCGUGGUGCCGCUCUCCAACGACUCCUGGUCCAUGUCUUUUGCCAAAUAUCUGGAGCUUCGCUUCUACGGCCACCAGUACACCAGACGGGCCAACGCGGAACCCUGUGGACACUCCAUCCACAAAGACUACCACCAGUACUUCUCCUACAACCAGAUGGUGGCUUCUUUCAGCUACACGUCUGUAAGGCUGCUGGAAAUUUGUCUUCCUCGUCCCAAGAUCUUCAUCAGGAACCUGGGCCCCUCCAAAGCCAACCUGCAGCAGGACGUGAAGGACUUCUCUCUGAAGGUGACUCAGGUGUACGUGGCCAUCGACGAGCGCCUCACCUCUCUGAAGACCGAAACCUUCAGUAAGACACGGGAGGAGAAGAUGGAGGACCUGUUUGCUCAGAAGGAUAUGGAGGAGGCAGAGCUUCGCACUUGGAUUGACAAGCUUCAGGUGCGACUGCAGGCCUGCGGUUUGGAUUCUCCUCAGCAGCUUCAGGCCGUUCUGGAGUCGCUGGUGGCAAAGAAGCAGAGUCUUUGUGAGAUGCUGCAAUCCUGGAACAGCAGACUUCAGGACUUGUUUCAGCAGGAGAAAGGCAGGAAGCGUCUCUCCGUCCCCCCGAGUCCAGGCAGACACAGACCGCCCACCACCGAGGACAGCAAGAGUACUCUGGAUUCCUCCCCUCGUAACCUCUCACCUGUGGUCCAGAACGGUGAAAAAGAGGACCGACACCUUAACACGUUGCCUUCAACCACCUCCUCCUUACUGCCAUCACCGGGAGACCCCGGAGCCGAACCGCCCACAUCUGGACCCACCAUUACUGAGCAGGAUUCUCUUAGCAUCCCAGAAGAUGUGUUUGAUGGACAUCUGCUGGGCUCCACGGACAGCCAGGUGAAGGAGAAAUCCACCAUGAAAGCCAUCCUCGCCAACUUCCUGCCUGGAAACAGCUACAACCCCAUCCCCUUCCCCUUCGAUCCAGACAAACAUUAUCUGAUGUAUGAACAUGAGCGGGUGCCGAUUGCCGUGUGUGAGAGAGAACCCAGUUCUAUCAUCGCCUUCGCUCUCAGCUGCAAAGAAUAUAAAACGGCGUUGGACGAUCUGUCCAAGGCGUCCAGUGCAGGAGUGUACGAGGCUCCGCAGACCGCCAGCAGUGCAGAGAGUCGGGUGAAGAGCAGCCCCGCGAGGCCGAGCGAGUCUUCAUCAUCACAGCCGAGUCGCAGCAGCACUGAUACAGAUCCCCUCAAGGACGCCGACUCUGCCGAUAAGCAGAAGAAACAGACGGUGAAUCCGCACAUCGAGCUGCAGUUUUCAGACGCAAAUGCCAAGUUCUACUGUCGGAUCUACUACGCGGAGGAGUUCCACAAGAUGCGCGAGGAGAUCAUGGAGAGCAGCGAGGAGGACUUCGUCCGCUCGCUGUCGCACUGCGUGAACUGGCAGGCCCGAGGAGGAAAGUCCGGGGCCGUUUUCUACGCCACGGAAGAUGACCGCUUCAUCCUGAAGCAGAUGCCCAGACUGGAGGUCCAGUCCUUCCUGGACUUUGCGCCGCACUACUUCACCUACAUAACUGGAGGCGUGCAGCAGAAACGUCCGACUGCGCUGGCGAAGAUCCUGGGAGUCUACAGGAUCGGGUACAAGAACUCUCAGAACAACACGGAGAAGAAGCUGGACCUGCUGGUCAUGGAGAACCUCUUCUACGGACGUAAGAUGGCCCAGGUGUUUGACCUGAAAGGCUCGCUGAGGAACCGGAACGUGAAGACGGACUCGGGGAAGGAGAGCUGCGAGGUGGUUCUGCUGGACGAGAACCUGCUAAAGCUGAUCCAUGACAACCCGCUCUACAUCCGCUCUCACUGCAAGGCCAUCCUGCGCUCCGCCAUUCACAGCGACGCCUACUUCCUGUCCAGCCACCUCAUUAUCGAUUACUCCCUGCUGGUGGGGCGGGACGACGCCACCGACCAGCUGGUGGUCGGGAUCAUAGAUUAUAUCAGGACGUUUACGUGGGACAAGAGACUGGAAAUGGUCGUCAAAUCCACUGGAAUCUUAGGAGGUCAAGGGAAGAUGCCCACGGUGGUUUCUCCAGAGCUCUACAGGGCUCGUUUCUGCGAGGCCAUGGACAAAUACUUCCUGAUGGUACCGGACCACUGGACCGGACUGGGAACCAACUGCUGAGCAGCACUCUCCAGCCCAACAGACACUGUAAAUGACUGAACGGAGCGAGCUAAAUUCCCACCAGAGGGUAUCAUUCCACCCGCCUGAAGACAGAUUUUAAACGGACAGAUGUGUCGCAGUGAUUCCACAUUUAGUUUCUGAUCCUCACACUUCAGAGUCUCAUUUUCUAUUUGGUGCUGAUUAGUGAAGAAAGACGGAAACAUUCAGAUGGUUUUAGUUUGGUAACCAACUGCUUUAUGUAAUUUAAAGUUUGUAAAUGUACAGAGAUUAUCUAACUAUUAAAAGAUUAUUAACUAUCA